UGCAAUUAGUUGGGAAUUUCCUGAAAUGCAAAUAAUAUAACAAAAAGAUUUUAAAACAUUCACAAUCAGAGUCGCUUGAAUGGAAACGGUCAUUGGAAACUUCAUUGUUAUUAUUGAAUGUGUUCAAAUUCUCAGUAUACAAUAGCGACAAGAGAAAUCCCCAGAACUCUGUUGAAAUUCGCCAAGUUUUUGAAGGUCAAUUUUAAAUUCAUUCUAUACAAAAUUGGUGACUGAAUUGGAGUGCUGUUCUUGUGUGAAACCUGGUUAGUGUUAAACAACGGGAUCAAUACAUUUCAGUAUAGGAUACAAAGUUCUAAAAUUGAAGAUAUUGGACAUGGGUACCAAAUUUGAAUAUUUCGAAAACCUUUCAAAUGUACUCAAAAAGGGGCUGGAAGCCAACGAUAAGACGGAAGAAAAUUUGAAUGAAGAUAUCAACAUUUUAAAACGAUGGGUGGCAAGUCAACCGCAUCUACCUGAAAUUCCUAAUGAUCAUAUGAUGACGUGCUUCCUUAUCAUGAAUAAAUUCAGUAUCGAGAACGCCAAACAAAAAAUCGAUAUGUAUUACACAAUGCGAACUCUUUUUCCAGAGUUUUUUUUAGAUAAGCACCCCCUUUCGCCACACAUUCAGAAUACGAUGAAUGAUCUGUGUUUCAUCCCAUUACCAAAAGCCACUGAUGAAGGUUAUCGUGUAACGAUAAUCCAGGCAUUCCAUGACAAUACUGAAAAUUUCGAUAUCUGCAACUAUUUUUCACUCACUUAUAGUAUCACUGAAGUCAGAUUUCAAGAGGAUUAUCCAGUAGGUGAUGUUAUCAUCUAUGACUUCUCAAAUCUACGGAUGGGGCACUUGGUUCAAUUCACCCCCACCAUCAUGAAGAAAACUGCUGCCAUAUUGGAGAAAACAUUUAAUAAUAAUAUCAAGCAAGUACACUGUGUUAAUUAUCCAAGUUUUGCAGAACCUGUGAUAAAUCUAUCUAUGAAGAUGGUGAAACCAAAACUAGCAGAAAGGUUUCGAUUCCAUAAAAAAGUUCAGGAUAUUAAAAAUUUCAUCCCAUUGAGAAUUCUGCCCAAGGAUUAUGGAGGAGAGGAGAAAUCGUUAAAAGAAUUGAAUGAAAUGUGGAAAAAGAAAUUCACUCAAUACAAAGAUAGAUUCGACGUUCUGGAGAAAUUGCGUGUUAAUGAAAAGCUGCGACCAAAUCCACUGAUCAACGAUGAAAUAUUAGGCUUUCAUGGAAACUUCAAGAAAAUCAAUUUGGAUUAGUUAUGCGAAACAUUGAAUACGUUGGAAUUUUUACCGAUGUAUUUUAUUAAGAAUAACAUAUUUUUUUAGUAAAUUUUUCAUUAUGUUA